GAUCUAUUAUUUUUUAUUUAAAAUAAUAUAUACAUAAAUACAUAUGACAAUAAUAAAAUAAAAUAAUAAAUUCAAUAAUAAAAUAAAUUAAUAAAUUCAAAACUAACGAGAUAAAACUUAUCAAUAAAAAUAAUAAUUGAUAUUAACAAAAUGAAUGAAAUUACAAAUCUAUAUAAAUUGUCAAGAAUAUAUCAAUAUAAAGUUAUUAAUUUUACACCCCAUUUUCUUAAUCCAAUAGUGUCUAAGAGAUAUAUUAGUUAAACGCAUUAGCCCGUAUUUAGUUAAUAGUCGCAAAGCAGCAGUUAAAAAGUCUCUAGCUGCCUGGAGUUGGCUAAUCAGUUCGGCCGACGCGUUCAGCGAGUUUAGUUGCUAGCUGACAGAAGAAGCUGUAUUAGAGCACGAAUUUUAUCCUCGUGAUAGUGAAUGUGUAAAGAACUCCCCUUUUAACAAACGAUCUUUAACCCCAGAAUUCAAGCAAUAGUUUAUUCAUUCGUUGAUCGACAAUCUCUGUCUUCAGAAAUUAUUUGGAUCGUUAUCGAUAUAGUUCUCCCCCGGAUUUUUGUAAGCUUUAAACUGAUCAUGCUAUCAAGAUUGACAAUACCAAUAAUUCUGCUACUUAUUAUAGAUAUACUAUCAAAAACUAAUGCUUGCGAUUUGGAUCAAAUGCAAUAUGGAUGUCGUAUCUAUAAUGCACAAUGCAGAUGCGGUUAUGGUUGUUCUUCUGAAUAUAGAUAUAAUAGCAACGAAGAUUGUAAAGAAGCGUUAAGAGGUAAGCGUAGCGAUAUAUGUUAUCGAACAAAACCUUGUUUAAAUGGAGGAUCAUGUUUACAAAUAUCAUCAGAACCUGGAUUUAAAUGUCGCUGUGAAGGAACUGGUUAUUAUGGAUCACACUGUGAUAAACCUUGUCCAGGUCCAAAUAAUCAACGUUUCCGAGGACUUUUUCCUUAUGAAUGUGUUGUGAUCUAAUUCAACUUGUCUUUUUUUAAUCUAUUAAAUACAUUUAGCAUGUUAAGUACAAAAAAUAAACAUAUUUUGCAAAAAUUUACACAUCUUUGUACAUACAUAAUAAAUAUAUUGUAUAUAUAA